AUGUUGCUGGCACGACGCAAGAGGAAGCUGCGGGUCUCGACAAGAUGGAUCACGGUCACAUUCAAAAAGCUUAUCAUGGAAAGGUACCCCCAAGAUCCACGAGCAAAGGCAUUCCGGCCGCCCUUCCGGUUCGCGCAAAAGUGGGCGACGAAGCGCUCGCUGUCUAAGCGGCGAAGGAUCCAAACGUGGGCGACCAAGAACAAGUCUGUGGUGGAGAGACUGCCGAAGAUCCGGAAAUGGCACAGGGAGUUCCGAAAGCUCCUCCAACAGCCCCGUGUACAUGGAGGGAAGGUGAUCCCAUGGGAGCCACAAGCACCUGUCUCGGACGAAAGAUCCGUCGAGCAACCAGGGGCGCUGAUCCCCUACGAAGGACCCUACGGCAAGUGGGGGCGCUUCGUGAAGGAGCUGAGGGACAACACAGACCAGGUACCGUUGGGAUUCGUGACCGGACAGGAAGACACCUGGGACAAAAGAGGGGCGAAGCGGGUGCAUGUUGGCCAGCCAUUCCCCGGCUUGGAGAAGCGGCAGUGCACGGUGCAACCGACGAUAGG